GAUGCCGACGGACCUGCCCCUUCAGCACUCAAUCAGCCACUCAACUAGAGUAUCACUUUCCAUUCACACAUACUCCACCGUCGGCCGGCCACCGGCCACCGGCAGCUCGUAUUUGAGCGGCCAAUUCCAAAGCAAAGAGAUCCUAGAGGCGAGAUGAGGAGGAGGAGGCGCGCGCUCUCUCUACUCCUUGUCGCGGCCACCUACCUCUCCAUCUCGAUCGGCACCGACACCAUCGACCUGACCGCGUCCAUCACCGGCAACCAGACACUCGUCUCCGCCCGUGGAGCAUUCAGGUUAGGCUUCUUCACCCCGCCCGGCAGCUCCGGCGACAGGACCUACAUCGGCAUUUGGUACGCAGGCAUCCCAGUACAGACCGUCGUGUGGGUCGCCAACCGCAAGAAUCCGGUCGUCGGAUCCCCGGGCGUCCUCAAGCUCUCCCCUGACGGCCGCCUUGUAAUCAUCGACGGCCAGAACACCACCGUUUGGUCCUCCGCGGCGCCCACCGGAAACGUGGCCACCGCCGCCACCGCUCGGCUUCUCGACAGCGGCAACUUGGUCGUCAGCUCUGAUGGAAGUGGAUCGAGCCAGAGCGUGGCGUGGCAGAGCUUCGACCACCCGACGGACACGCAGCUCCCGGGCAUGAAGAUCGGGGUGGAUCACAGGAAUGGCUUCGCCUGGAACAUCACGUCGUGGAGCAGCCCGACUGACCCCUCGCCAGGGGAGUAUACGUUCAAGCUGGUCCCCGGCGGGCUCCCGGACUUCUUCCUCUUCGAGGGCCCCGAGAAAAUCUACUCGAGCGGGCCAUUCAACGGGGCCGGGCUCACCGGAGUGCCGAACCUCAUGUCCCAGGAUUUCCACUUCGCCGUCGUGGACAGCCCCGACGCGACGUACUACAGCUACUCCAUCACCAACCCUAAGCUGCUGUCGCGGUUCAUCAUGGACGGCACGGCGGGGCGGAUGCAGCGGUACGUGUGGCUCGACAGCGCGUGGAGAAGCUUCUGGUACUACCCGACGGACCCCUGCGACACCUACGGCAAGUGCGGGCCGUUCGGGUACUGCGACAUGAGCAAGACCCCGCUCUGCAGCUGCCUGCCGGGCUUCGAGCCGCGGUCGAAGCAGCAGUGGGACCUCAGGGACGGGACCAGCGGAUGCGUCAGGACGACCAACCUGAGCUGCGGUGCCGGAGACGGGUUCUGGCCGGUGAACCGGAUGAAGCUGCCGGAGACGACCAACGCGACGGUGCACGCCAACAUGACGCUGGACCAGUGCCGGCAGGCGUGCCUGGCCAACUGCAGCUGCAGAGCCUACUCCGCCGCGAACGUCAGCGGCGGGACCAAUCGCGGGUGCGUCAUUUGGGGCGUCGAUCUGCUUGACAUGAGGCAGUAUCCGGCGGUGGUGCAGGACCUGUACAUCCGGCUCGCGCAGCCAGAUGUAGAUGCCUUGAACGUCUCGGUUGCAGGUAAGCGCCGACGGUCCAUGGUGAUCGCUGUCGCCGCGGCUAUUUCCGGGGUGCUUCUUCUGGCGGCCGCUGGCUGCUUAUGUUUCUGGAGAUACAAGGCGAGGAGGAAGCGUCGGCGUCAGGAGCCUGAAACGGCGGCAGGCAGUGGAGACAACGUGCUUCCAAUGAGGGCCAGGAAACACCCUGAUUUGAGCCCAGCACGGGACGACGAGAACAAGGUGAGCAGCGGCGAAGACGAUCUGGACCUUCCGUUGUUCGAUCUCGCCGUGAUCCUCGCCGCCACGGACAACUUCGCGGCGGAGAGCAAGCUAGGUGAAGGUGGAUUUGGCCCUGUCUAUUUGGGGAGGCUUGAGGAUGGGCAAGAAGUAGCUGUGAAGAGGAUGUCCAAGAAAUCAUCACAAGGUGUCGAGGAAUUCAAGAACGAGGUGAGACUAAUCGCCAAGCUCCAGCACAGGAACCUGGUGAGGCUGCUCGGCUGCUGCAUCGAAGAAGACGAGAGGAUGCUCGUGUACGAGUUCAUGCACAACAACUGCCUGGAUACGUUUAUAUUUGAUGAGGCAAAGCGUAAGUUACUGGGAUGGAGCAAACGCUUCGAGAUCAUUCUGGGGAUCGCACGGGGUCUGCUCUAUCUCCACGAGGAUUCCAGGGUCAAGAUCAUCCACAGAGAUAUGAAAGCGAGCAACGUGUUGCUGGACAGAAACAUGGUCCCCAAGAUAUCGGACUUCGGCAUCGCCAGGAUGUUUGGCGGUGAUCAGACAACUGCGUACACCUUGAAGGUCAUCGGGACAUACGGUUACAUGUCUCCAGAAUACGCCAUGGAUGGCGUCUUCUCCAUCAAAUCCGACAUCUACAGCUUCGGCGUCAUGGUGCUGGAGAUCGUCACCGGCAAGAAAAUCCGAGGCUUUUACGAUGACGAGCUUGAUCUAAACCUUUGCGGUUAUGCGUGGAUGUUGUGGAAGGAAGGCAGGAGCACGGAGCUCCUGGACGAUGCGAUGGGCAACACUUGCGAUCAGAGUCAGGUGCGGAGGUGCAUACAGGUUGCUCUCAUGUGCGUCGACGUGCAGCCUAGGAACAGGCCGAUGAUGUCUUCGGUCGUCAUGAUGCUGGCCGGCGAGAAUGCCACGUUGCCGGAGCCAAAUGAGCCCGGAGUUAACCUAAGGAGGAACAGGACCGAUACAGGAUCUUCUGAAACUCAAAGAGAGUUCAGCUUCACCGUGACUACGACAGAUACUAGCUAGGUAGGUACUCCCUCCGUCACUGUCAAAAAAGCUUAUAUAUUAUGGAACAUAGGGAGUAGUUUAGUUGGGGCUGGAAUGGUACGUACGGGUUACAACGAAAGCUUCUUUCCUUUUUCUCAACUUCAGCUACGCUCCCUGGUGAAUUAUAGUUUAUAAUUCGGGAUGGUAAGAGUAGCGCGUUCUAAUUUAUUUGUUUUUGGUCGGGUGACGACUUUUUUUAGGGGAAAUUAGUUGCUUUAUUAUUCGUAGUUCAUCUCUUCUGCAACCUCGGAUCGAACACACUCCGGGGGUACAUGAAGCCAGGUUUUACAAAGAGACUUACAGCAACCUUCCCUAGCUAGGACAUGUGCUAUUUUAUUUGCACUCCUACGCACCCAU